AUGGUCACUACAAAGCUCAAUCCAAAAUCCUUCCCAUGGGGGCUGACAAGGGCAGGGAGGUCUCGUCUCCGUCCUUACCACUUGAUUGGACCACUGGUAGUACUGUUGCUCUUGUUUGGAGAGCGCAUUGUCUUUCCUCGUGAGGAUGGUGUGUGCCAUGGCAGAAAUCCACCAGUACAAGUACAAGCCACAGACCACGCAAAGAAUUCCGUAGAGCAUGAGCAUGUCGUUAACUGUACGGCCCAGACAAUUGAUGAUCCAGGAGUGAAUGUUGCCCUGUACAAAACAUGUAUUGCUCCACCCCUUAAGAUGAAUGUGCACUCUGGAAACGAAAUGAUUUCCAGGGAUAUUGAAACCUCUGGCUGUUUUGAGUGCAGUAUUUUGAAAAAGUUGAUGCAAUUCAUGGAGCAGACACCGCCAGAUACAUUCUUCCUUGACAUUGGUGCAAACAUUGGCAUGUACAGUGUGCACGCAGCUGCAUGGGGGCGAGAUGUGUUUGCCUUUGAGCCAUUUCAAAGAAACUACCAGCGCAUUUGCAAGUCCAUUUCCAUGAACAAGGGCUUUGAGGAAAGAAUCGUUGUAUUCAAUAUUGCACUCACGGACCAUCCAACAACUGUUGGGUUUACAUCUGUUUCUGAAGAGAAUUUUGGUGGGAUUCAUGUGAAGGAAGAGGCUGCACAGGAAGAAUCAGCUCCUGUACGUGGAGUAGACUAUGCUCCAGGAGUCCAACUGUCUUCGUUGAAAAGUGUUUUGCCCUUGAAUCGCCCUGCUGUCAUCAAGAUUGAUGUGGAGGGUUCUGAGUGUGGAGUUUUGGGGGGUGCCAUGGAUUACUUGCAUGCCCUAGAUAUUCUCUAUGUCGCGAUGGAAUGGUCCCCUGAAAUGCCAAACUGUGAGCACAUGGAAGCUAUGUUCAAGUUGUUCCAGAAGAACAGGCUAUCUCCCUAUCAACACGUCUACUGGCAAGAUAUUUGGAGGCCGGUCAAAGCCACAGAGUGGCGUCAAUGGCACUACGAUUGGUUCAAAGAUAAGGGUUGGAACACUCGUCUGAUGGAUAUCGCCUGGAUUCGAGAAUAA